GUAAAAAUGAUGUUAAAAAUACAACUUUUGUUUUUGAUUUUAAAUAGUUUUAUAAGUUUUAACCAAUGUAAUAAUGCUGCCAUAGUUAACACCACAUCAGGUGUAGUGAAAGGAUUAAACAUACAUGUGCUCAAUACAAGUAUCGCACAGUACCUGAGCAUACCGUAUGCCGAACCGCCAGUCGGGAGACUCCGAUUUGCUAAACCCGAACCAUUAAAACAUCCAAAACAGUUAAUUGAUGGGACAAUAAUUGGUAACAGUUGUUGGCAAUUAGUAAACAAUAUAACUAAAGAUUUUAUUGGAAAUCUUACCAAAAAUGAAGACUGUUUGGUAAUAAACGUUUGGACACCAAAUACUAAUGCAAAUCAUAAUAACGAAACAUCAAAUGUAUUAAAACCGGUAAUGUUUUGGAUUCACGGGGGAGCCUUAAUUUUGGGAUCAAGUUUUCAAAAACAAUACAACGCCAGUGCACUGGCAGCUCAUGAUGUAGUGGUUGUGUCAAUUAAUUACCGAUUGGGUUGGUUUGGAUUUUUUUACGGUGAUAACGAGUCAGCACCAGGAAAUGUCGGAUUAUUUGAUCAAGUGUUGGCACUUCAAUGGGUCAGAGAUAACAUACAUAACUUUGGUGGCGAUAAGGAUCAGAUUACCAUAUUUGGUGAAAGUGCCGGCAGUUGGUCCGUAUCGACAUUACUAUUGUCACCCUAUGCUAAAGGUCUCUACAAAAGAGCUAUUAUGGAAAGUGGUGCCGAAUUUUUCAACAAAUUACAGGCACCUGUAGAUAAAAACUCGACACUUGAUCAGUGCAAACAAUUGGCAAAAUAUUUUAAUUGUAGUGAUAGUCAAUGGUUGGACUGUUUGCGCAAAGUUGAUGCCGAAGACAUUAUCGAUGUGGAGGACGUGAAUCUUAAUGUUUUUCCUUUACUUGAGACUCAAUUUCUACCAAUGAGUCCACAAAAAGCACUUCAAACACAACAAUUCAAUAAAGAUUUAGAUAUAAUGGCCGGAGUGGCCAAACAUGAAGGUUCAAUUUUGUUAUUUUCAACUAUGGGUGGGCAUAUACCUGGAAAUUUGACCAGGGAUGAUUUUAUAGGUUUUGCACAGGGCAUCGAUAGUGUGUUUCAUAAUUUGAAUGCCACGGCUAUAGCCGAGGUUUAUGUGGGCAACAAAACCGAUUCAAAUGAUCUACUGUGGGCUGAGUUUGAAUUGUUUGGCGACUUAAUGAUAACUUGUCCCACCUAUCAGUUUGCCAAAAACUAUGCAAAACAUACCAGUGCUGAGCACAGUAAUGUAUACUUCUAUGAGAUUACCUAUCAUAGGACAUAUGCCAAAGGAAAUCCGAUGACAUUUUUGGAUGUCAGUCACGGAGCAGAACUGCCGUUUGUGUUUGGCUUACCAUUGAUUGAUCCGCAAAAAACUGAUACAGAAAUUGAUGUUAGAUUUAGUCGAGAUGUUAUGAAAAUGUGGAUUAAUUUUGCCAAAUAUGGAAAACCUGACAAUAAAUGGCCAAAACUGGUUGACCCGAUUAACCCGAAACGAGUACCCGAAGUAUACAACUUAAAUCCUAUUCAACGAAACGAAAUAUUUAGUAAUUUAUUUAAAAACACUUGUGACGGAUUGUGGCAAAAUUAUUAUAAUUAA